AUGGGAGCAGAUCUGGAACGGUUUGGAGGGUUGGGAUUGGAGAAGGUGGGAUUUGAGGGCUUGACGGACGGUGAGAGGGAGUUGUUCUCUGAACUCGCAGAGCAGUUUGCUCAGCAGCUGGGGGGGAUUGAAGAAACGGAAGGGGGUGGAAGGAGUGGGGUUGGUAAGGAGGCAGAGAAAGGCAAGGAGGCAGUGGAAGAUUGGGAGAUGCUUUCAGAGGAAGAAAGCAGUGGAAGCAGAGAGACCAUUGAUGGGGAAGGCGCGAUGGAGAAGGAUUGUGCGAUGGAGCAGGAGGGUGCGAUGGGGGAGGCAGGUGGUGCGAUGGAACAUCACCAAGACCAGCAGCAGCAGCACCACCAGAACCACCAGCAGCAGCAGCAGCAGCAGCAGCAGCAGCAGCAGCAGCAGCAGCAGCAGCAGCAGCAGCAGCAGCAGCAGCAGCAGCAGCAGCAGCAGCAGCAGCAGCAGCAGCAGCAGCAGCGGCGGCGGCAGCAGCAGGAUCAAAUGCAGCAGCAGAUGCAGCAGCAGCAACUGAAACAUCAGGAGCAGCAAGAGUGGCAAAAUCAUCAGCAGCAUCAACAACAGAAGCAGUCAAUUCAGCAACAUCAAUUGCAGUUGGUGCACCAGCAGGAACAGCUACACCUACUCCUGCAGCAACAAAAGCAGCUCACUCCAUUUCAGCCUCAUCUGCCAUUCCGCAUCCUCCACUCGCACAGUGCCCUUCUCCCUCCUGCCUAUCCACCCACCAACUUCGAUGGUACGGCCAGCUUGCAUGGAUACGACAACACAGACAAGUGCGGAAUUGAUGCCUUAGAGCAAGAUGGCACUAGGAGAAUCAACGGCUACGAGACUGGAGGUGCUGGCGGCAGUGGUGGAGAUGUCGAAAUGCAGGAGUGUGCAGCAGAGGGCCUCAGGCCUGUGUAUGAUGCUGGUGCUAUUGCCCUGCCUAGCACAGACCAGCUGUGUGCCACUCAGCCUAGUGCUGAGCAGUUGAAUUUCCAGCAGCAUAUCAUGGCAGACUUGACCCUUCCUCUGCCUCCCCCCUCAGCAGAUCCGUUGUUGCCCCUGAGAGAUGCUGGGCACUCUGCAUUUUCUCCCUGGCGCCUCAUCUCCCCACCUUCACACAUCGAGGGAGCACUCCUUCAUGGUUUCGAGAAUCAUGCCUCUGCCGCCCCAGUCGUGGCGCCUUUGGGAGCAGCAGGUGCAGGUUUGGAGGGUGGGGGGCAGGCUACUGACGCAGGAGGGUUGUUGAAUACAGGGGAUAGGGAUUCCGGACAUGUGGGGCCAAUAUCCCCUGCUGCUGCUGGAAGCUACACUAUUGAUGCGCUAGAGAGGUUCUUGAUGGAUAAUGGGGAGCACAGGGAGUAA